ACCAGUCGACGUUAGAUGACGAAACUAGAAGUAUGUUCUCAUGGGAUUUGUAGUCCUCAAUCUAUCCGGAGAGGUUUGCUGCUCUUGCGAGGACGGAAGAAGAAUUUAAUUUAGCAUGAGUAUACCCAAGAAAAUAUUUAAAACAGAGCAAUUCCAAAGACAUUGCUGUGUCCCGUUUUGUUCGGCUUCCUCCAAAUGUAAUAGUUUUCAUUCUUUUCCUACCGAUUCCGACUUGAGAAAACAAUGGCUAAUAAACAUACGGCGUGAUCCUCACACAGUUACCGCUCACACCAAAGUUUGCAGCCGACAUUUCACUUCUGAUCAGCUCAUAGAGCCAACAUCUCUGACAGGUGGUCGGAGGCUGGUUAAAGGUGCUGUACCAACAUUGUUUGAAUGGAAUAUCUGUGAAGGCAAAACAGAACCACCCCCUCCUCUACAGGUACAAGAAUGGCACAGUUUACAGAAGGACCAUAACUACUGCUUUACCCCCUUUUCCCCUGCAAAGAAAAGGUCAUCAUCUUCUAAAUUGGACAAGUCAAUAUCAGCAACAGAAGACCAGUCCAAAUACUUGAAGAACCUGAGGAAAAACAUUUGGGAGCAAUGUAUUCAGCAAGAGUUUUGUUUACAACGGUUUGCAGGCUCUGAUGAAGACAUCCAGUUUUAUACCAGAUUUCCAAGCUACAAACAUUUGAUGGCUUUUUGGUUUUUGAUUGAGCCUUGGAUUCAUAAAAUGGUCAGUAUGUCAAAAGCUAAAUUAGCUGCCCAGGGAAAUGAAGAAAUGAUGAUCUCUGCACUGUCAUCAAAGAGGCAGCAUCUUCAACCUGUUGACGAGUUCUUUCUGUUCCUCGUUUUUCUGUCACUUGGUAUGAAAGAAAGGGACCUUGCAAUUCGAUUCAGCACUCACCAGUCCAUCGUGAGCCACAUUAUUUCAAUGUGGACAAAUUUUCUUUUCACUGUCCUGGGGUCUCAGUGCAUCUGGCUUACACGACAGAAAGUGCAAGCUUAUCUCCCUGAGGAAUUUAAGGAUUUCCCUGACACCCAGGUGAUCCUGGACUGUACAGAGCUGAAGUGUCAAAUGCCUUCUUCACCGCUUCCCCAGAGGGACAUGAACUCCUCUCACAGAUCCCUCUGCACCAUGAGAGCCUUGGUUGGCAUAGCUCCACACGGUGCUGUAACAUUCGUCUCUGAUCUAUAUAGAGAUUCAUUCAGUAAUAGGGAGCUAUUCAAACGCUCUGGCAUUGCUGAAAACCUGACCGAAGACAUGGCAGUGAUGGUAAAUAAGGGCUUCCUGAUUAGGGAUUGUUGUGAGUGUAAAGUGUACUCCCUUUCUUUUCUGUCCAAGCACCCAGGAGACCAGGCCUCAGCAAGACUCAAGAUGCAUGUGGAGCAAAUCAUUGGGAGGGUAAAACAGAAUAAACUUUUUCAUGGCAUUGUCUCUCUGUCACAGGCCUACAGCAUUAACCAGCUGUUUGUAGUUGCAUGUUUGCUGUCAAAUUAUCAGAACACUGCUUUAGUUAAAAAAGUGGUUCAUUGAGGAUCUGUAGGCCUAAGCCACAAAAUGAACACAAAGAUUUGAUCUACGAAGCUGUGAAAAAACUACUUGCAGCAGGUAAAUUUCUGUCAUUUGAGUCGAAACCAGACAAGAAAACUGAUUCUCCUGUGCUGCCAAAUUAGUUCUUGGAAGAUAGUUGGACCUCAUUCUAUACAUUGAGAAAUGUUUUAUGUUAGAUAUGGUUUUGCAGUUUGGCAUGGUAUGCUUCACUAAGUUUGACUAUUGUUUGAAUUAAACUGUUUUUUAUGUUUUGGAUUUGAAGCAGACUGUGAAGUGAUUCUACUAACAUGAAUUGGAUUUAUUUCAAUAAAGUUUUGAUUGCUGAAUUGAAAUAUUUGAUAGAAAUUGUAUAUUUGUCUUGUCAAUUGCAUUGAGAUUACAUUACAAAAAAGCUGUAUAAAAAAUACUGUCCAGGGGCGUG